AUGGCUGGGGAUGAGGAGCAACCAGAUGAAAGGACUCAUCUCCUUCCUCGGGACAGGAGGUUUAACUCCAUCGCCCUAGACGCAGACGCUGCCUCGGUCGUCUCUUCCCCCAUCAGUAAAGAAGAGCAGGCACUAGGCGACACCGCCGUGGGAGAACGCCUUCCGUACAAUGACUAUACGACAAUUGACUGGCUCCAUGAUUUGAUCAAAGACUCAUUUAGACAUCGUUCCGUGCACAGCGGGAAAGGCCUUCGCAAUGGACUUAUGGCAGCCUUCGACUCUUGUGAGGGUUGGAUUGCAGCUGCGGUAAUUGGCACUCUAACAGCAUGCGUUGCUUUUCUUGUGGAUAUCGCUGUUGCCACCGUCAGUGACUGGAAGACAGGAUAUUGCCAAAACAAUCCGUUCGCCAGUAAAGAACUUUGCUGCUCAGGGAAAUCACCAUUGAUGCCCCUGGCCGAGACUGGUGAGAUCUGCCCGGAAUGGAAGUAUUGGACGAGGAAUUAUUGGUAUGGGUUUGGAAUAUACGUGGGAUUUGCUCUGCUCUUCGGCAUCAUCAGUGGAACAGUUACGUUGACUACGAGAAGAGCGCUUCCGACAACCGCUCCAGGCGUUGGGGACACUGAACCAAUCCGGAAGAACAGCAACCAAGCGAACGGCGAAACUCUGAAGCCUACAGCUGCGGGCAAGUCCAUCUACAUGGCAGCUGGGAGUGGUAUCCCCGAGAUCAAGACGAUUCUGUCUGGUUUUGUCAUUCCACAUUUCCUGGACCUUAAUGUCUUAGUCGUGAAGGCGGUCGGUUCGGUCUUUGCUGUUUCGACAGGUAUGUGUUUGGGCAAGGAAGGUCCUUUCGUGCACAUUUCCACGUGCGUCGCAUACCUUGUCGGUAUCCGAUUCCACAAGUAUAGAGAGAAUGGUCGUAAGCUCCGAGAACUACUUGCUGCUGGUUGCUCGAGUGGUCUUUCUGUCGCAUUCGGAGCACCCAUUGGCGGCGUGCUGUUUGCGUACGAAGAAAUCUCGACAUACUUCCCACGCAAAGUGCUCUGGCGAGCGUUUGUUUGUUCUCUCUUCGCGGCCAUGACACUCAAAGCUCUCAAUCCGACUGGCACCGGCAAGCUUGUGCUCUUUGAGACCAACUACGGCACCACCUAUCAACCAUAUCAUUACGUUGUAUUCGUGGUCUUGGGUAUUGCUGGGGGUGUCUUUGGGGGCAUCUUUUGCAAGGUCAACUUCCUGUGGUCUCGCAGCUUUCGCAAGUACAGGAUCAUCAAGAAUUAUCCGGUUCUAGAGGUGUUCUUGGUUGUCCUCGCCACGGCCCUUUUGCAGUAUCCAAACCCUCUGGCGCGAGAACCUGGCGAUGUCAUUAUCAAGAACCUUCUGGUCGACUGCGGCGAAGGCUCACGAACAGACUACGUCUGUGUGCAAGAAGGACACGCUUCGCCGUCACCAAAAUACCUGGGCUGGCUGACUUACGGAACGCUUGUCAAGCUUGCCCUGACAGUUAUAACGUUUGGCAUCAAAGUGCCUUCGGGGAUCAUCAUUCCCGCUCUCGAUGGCGGAGCCUUCUUCGGCCGGCUUGUCGGCCAACUGCCUUUCUUGGCACAGUCUAUCUCCCCCGGAAUCUUCGCCAUGGUUGGUGCGGGUUCCUUUUUGGCUGGCGUUAGUCGGAUGACCAUUUCGCUUGCGGUCAUCAUGUUCGAGUUGACGGGCGAACUGGAGUUCGUCGUGCCAAAUAUGAUCGGCAUCAUGGUGGCCAAAUGGGUGGCAGAUGCUCUUGAGCAAGAAGGUGUGUACGAUCUUGCACAGACAGUCCUAGGGCAUCCUUUCCUCGACUUGGAUCAUAGCAUGAAGCUCGUUCAGCAGGAUGCUCAUCUCGCCGAGGAGCUGAUUCCUCCUCUCCAAACUAUGCGCGAGGUCACGGUGGACGUACCGGACAGCGGCAUUGUCCCCCGUGUUGUCCUGACAGAGAAGCUGCACCAACUCCGCCGUCGAGGCCUUAUGGACGCUGGACUUGUCCUUGUCCAGAGAGCUAUGCUACAGGGCUAUCUAGCAGAAGGAGAACUCGAGUUCGGGCUGGAGACUCUGGGUCACCCGUUUCCUGCGGGCUGUGUUGUCCGUCUUCUGCCCCCGGUGACUGGUGUGCAAUUACAAAUGGAGCACGAGGGAGAGCUUGAUCUGUCACAGUUCAUCGACCGGACACCGUUGACGAUCUGUGCCAAAGCCCCAAUGGAGUUUGUGGUGGAGAUGUUUGGCAAGCUUGGCCUCAGGCAUUUGUGUGUCACCGAAGAGGGGACCGGGAAGCUUGUGGGAGUGAUUAUAAAGAAGAGGCUGGUCGUUUGGCUGGAAGGAUUAAAGCAUUGA